CACUUCGCCCAUGUGCCCAGGCUGAUCAUCAGCAAGAAGGAGCGGAUGCUGCAGAAAGGCUCCGGGUUCCACCUUGACCUGCUGCUCAUCGUGGCCAUGGGCGGCUUCUUCGCGCUCUUCGGGCUGCCCUGGCUGGCGGCGGCCACGGUGCGCUCGGUCACGCACGCCAACGCGCUCACCGUCAUGAGCAAGGCCGUGGCGCCCGGCGACAAGCCCAAGAUCCAGGAGGUGAAGGAGCAGCGCGUCACCGGGCUGCUGGUGGCCGUGCUCGUGG